AUGAUCAUAUAGGAGUACUAUUUUUACGUGAUAAUACUUAUGCAUAAUAUAUAAUAGCAUGGUUUUCUCUUUCCCUCAUCAAUUGUUUUAAUUAAAUUAUCCACUCAAUCACCGGAGUGUUAGCCAGCCACCAGACGGGAUCGGUAACCAUUUGCGCCACACUUCCUUACCUUAGCUGGAUCUCGCUGGUGCCACCUAAACGCUAGUAAGACAUUAGUUUGUAGCGUGUUCUGAUUACUGCAUAUGGCGAGAAAAGCUUUUGGAGCUUUAAAAGAUUCCACAAUGGUGGGAAUGGCCAAGGUUAACAGCGAAUACAAGAAACUAAAUGUUGCUAUACUCAAAGCCACAAACCAUGUCGAGGUAUUGCCAAAGGAGAAGCACGUACGAACUCUUUUCAAUGCGAUUGCAGGCAACAGACCUCGAGCAGAUGUUUGCUAUUGCUUACAUACUCUUUCCAAGAGGCUCGCCAAAACACAUACUUGGCAAGUUGCACUAAAAGCUUUAAUUGUUAUUCAUCGUGCUAUGAGGGAAGUUGAUGUAUCAUUUCUUCACGAGCUUGUUAAUUAUAGUGCUCAUAGAGGCCAUUUGUUAAACCUAACACAUUUCAAGGAUGAUUCGAGCGCAAAUGCAUGGGACUAUUCUACGUGGAUUCGUUUGUAUGCUUUAUAUCUGGAAGAAUACCUUGAAUGCUACAGCUUGGUGAGAUACGAUUUUCAGAGAGAACGAAAGAGAAUGAAGGAGGUAAACACCCCAACCUUGAUACAGACAAUACCUUGUUUACAGAAACUGCUCUCUCGCCUUGUCGAUUGUCAGCCAAUGGGAGCAGCUCAAUAUAAUUUCUUGAUUCAACAUGCCCUUUCAAUUGUUGCAGCAGAAAGUGCAAGUCUAUAUGUAGCAAUUGCUGAUGGGAUGCUUAACUUAGUGGACAAGUUUUUUCAUAUGCAACGUCAUGAUGCAGUCAGAGCACUUGAAAUUUAUCGAAGGACAGGAGAUCAGGCAGUCAAGUUAUCUGAGUUCUUUGAGAUAUGUAGGAACCUUGAUUUUGGACGAGGCCAGAAGUACGUUAAAAUAGAAAAGCCGCCUGAUUCAUUCAUAUCAGCGAUGGAAGAGUACUUGACGGAUACACCAAAACCUCUAAUGAUUACAUGGAAGCCGGAUGAUGAUGACAGUAAUACCAAGGUCAUAGCUGUUCCUGGGUCCAAAAUAGAGACCGAUCAAGAGCAAGAAACUGAAGUACAAACGAAAGAAGAGGGUAACGCGGAGACUCCACCCUCGCCUCUCAUUCCUGACCUUUUAUCUUUCGAUGAGCCAAGUGAGGAUCAAUCGGUUGUACCGGAAGACAACAAUACCCUAGCUUUAGUUAUUAGUACACCAGAUGAGUUAUCAAACUGUUUGAGCAGUUCAGAUCAAAGUAGUCAACCUAUAGGCUGGGAGUUGGAACUCGUUACAGCAUCGAGUUCUAACCAGGUGGCGUCCACAGAUACUAAACUGAUACAGGGGGGUGUACUGGAUAGAUCAAAGUUGGAUAACCUAUAUGAAACAGCACUGGCGAGACAGAAUAUUGUAAAUGACCCUUACAAUAGGGAAGUUUCAUCUAAUCCGUUCGAGGUAGCUGAUAACUCACAGGAUGCAUUUUAUAGUUCAACCAACUCCGGAACAAACGAUGCACAAAUGGCUGCUAUGGCUCAUUACCAUGACUACGGUGUUUUCAUGCAACAACAGGUUGCCGAUAUGUCUCAUCAAUCUCAAGAACAGUUCAUGGGACAACACGAGGCCUUGAUGAUGCCACAGCAAAUGGCUAUUGCAUCUCUGCAACAGCAAACUGCUGCGAUGACUCAACAUAAUGCUGUAGAGAUUCAAGGACCGGAAGCCCAAAUUCAAGAAAACAUAGCUGAUGUGCCUCAACAACAACAACUAGAAGGACCACCAACAUUGGUUAAUAGUGGCCCAAAUCCAUUUGGUAAUCCUUUCACCGACCAAGAUCUUACAACUUAUAGUAAUCCUUCUCAAGAUCAGUCUCAUGUAUCUCAAAAUCAAAUCUCACAGUCUAGCUUGAUCUAAACUCAUUUUGCAAAAAGAAAUUGUGGAACUUGUAAAUGCAUGCAAUCCAUGGAACUAGUAACAGAGAGGUAGAGAGGUGAAUAGAGGAUUUAAAGUUUAUUGUUUCUUUUAGCGACCUCAAAAUUUCACAGUGAAAUAUUUAAAAAUAGCUUUUGCAUUUCUUUUGGACAAAAGUUACGGAAUUCACAUGAACUGGCGCUAACUCACCCCUGCAUGCCUAGAAGGAAGCCAAGCUAGAGUUUUACAAAAUGGAAACCAAAGGUGGAUCUAGGUUGAGUUAUGUGGAUUUAACUUAGUCCAUUACUUUUGACUUGAGCUAUAUAUAUAAGCUUGUACUUAUUCAGUCACUCUGACUCGACAAACUCUAGAUCCCAUGCUUCAUAUUUGUGUUAGCAGUAAUGUAAAUAACAAUCAAAAAGAGUAUUUAAUCAAUUCUACCUUCAUUUUGGUGCAA